AUGGCCUCCGACGACGAGAAGAGGGUGAAGGCCAAGAAGGAGAAGAAGGAGAAGCGCCGAUCCGAGACCGACGGCGUGCACAAGUCGAAGAAGGACAAGAAGGAGAAGAAGGCCAAGGACGACAAGCUCAAGAAGAAGAUUGCGACCGCUCUCGAGGAGCAGCUCGAGGCGGACGCCGCCAGCGCCAGCGCCAUCGUGAAGAAGAGCAAGAAGGCCGCCGCCGACAUCGAGUCCGAGGACGACCACCCCGGCUCCGACUUUGAGGAGAUCAAGAACGCCGCGAUCGAGACUGCGCUCGUCUACUUUGCGCUGCCGAUUGCCGACGCAAAGGGCCACAAGAAGAUCUACAAGACGAUCAAGAAGGCACGAAAAGCCGGCGCCCUCCAGCGUGGCGUCAAGGAAGUCAACAAGGCCCUGCGCAAGACCCCUCUCAAGACGCCCUCAAGCGCGUCCUCCGUGCCGGGAAUCGCCAUCAUUGCCGGCGAUAUCUCACCCGACGAGGUCAUUAUGCACCUGCCGCUGUACUGUGAGGAGCAUAACGUCCCCUACCUGUUCGUCACCUCGCGGCUGGAGCUCGGCACCGCCGCCAAGACGAAGCGCCCUACCAGUGUUGUCUUCCUGACGGAGAAGGGCCGCGAGCGCAAGCCCAAGGCGGGCGAGGACUCCAAGAUGAAGGAGGACGAUGACGAGGAGGAUGCUGGUGACUAUGCCGAGGCCUACAAGGAGCUUCUGAAGCUGGCACAGAAGGAGUACACCAAGCAGAUGAAGGAUGUGCUAAGAAACUAA